AAAUAUAGGUCCAGAGGACUUGGCAAGGUACACUUGUCAAGUUUUCUGAAGCGCUACUUGGAAGUGCUUUUAGACUAGCAGCUCGACGGAAAGCCGUACCUUUCAUUUCAGGGAGUUUAAGUGGCUUGCAACUUUUUGAAGCUUCCUCCCUGAGCUUGUGAAUUCUGUCUAUGCGCUUAGGGUUGCUGGCCUGUACUAGAUUAAACGUCCUCACCUACAGUAUCUGUUGUUUUCUGGCUCAUGACUGUUUCCACCUCCGCUUCCACGUCCUCUUCCCCUCCUACAAUUGAAGCAGAGCUAACCAGUGAUGUGGAUCGCGCCGGUGAUUAUUUGCGCGCGGGUGGUUUGGUGGCCUUUCCUACCGAAACAGUCUACGGACUGGGCGCUAAUGCAUACCUGGAGAAAAGCGUCCGGCGCAUUUUUGAGGUGAAAGGACGGCCUCUAACAGAUCCUCUCAUCGUUCAUGUGGCGCAGAUUGAGGAGGCUUGGUCGGUAUUUGCCUGCGGCGGGAACACCACUUACCACCAUGCGGCCAGCAAUAACAGCGUCCCACAUGUCGAGGUCAGGGCGGCCGAAGAGGGAAAAAAAGAGAAAGAUCUGCUAUCCACACUUGCCCACGCCUUCUGGCCUGGACCUCUCACGCUGGUCGCACCUGCGGCGGCUGCCAUUCCCUCGGCUGUCACCGCCGAGACAGGGUGGGUAGGGGUGCGAGUCCCCUCGCACUCCUUAGCCCGCGCUCUGCUUCGGGCGGCGGCGGUCCCUGUAGUGGCCCCUUCCGCGAAUCGUUUCGGACAUGUCAGUCCCACAAGUGCAGCCCAUGUACAGGCAGAUCUAGGGGGGCACUCCUUGCUCAUUUUAAAAGAGAAGGAAGAACAUCAUGCAGGGCAGGGAGCUUGCGAAAUUGGGAUUGAGUCAACAGUGGCGAAGGUCGACGCACGAGAAGGACGCGUGACGAUUUUGAGGGCUGGAGCGGUCACGUGCUCGCAGUUGGAGUCCGCCUUACGAGGAAAAGGUGUAGAGGUAGUCGUCAAGGGCCACGCACGGCAGCAGGAGGAGCAGCCCAAGGCGAAGGCGCACGGGGAAGCUGGGGGGGAUGUCAUGCCGAAGGAACUCAGGACAGAGGACCUGACAAACGACGAAAACAUGCCUCAGAUCGCGCCUGGUCAAUGUCUCAAGCACUACGCGCCUGAUCGGCCCACGUACCUUCUAUCGGCUUUGCAAGCGACAGAAAGCUGGGUUGAUCUACUGGCAGGCCGAGCCGUUAUUUUGGACAUGGGGGGCCGUUUGCAGAGAUUAAAAGGACUUGCAGCCCAUUAUAUGGAUUUGAGUGAAGCAGGAGAUGUGAGAGAGGCAGCGGCGGGGCUCUUUCAAGCAUUGCGAUGGGCGGAAAGUGUGGAUGGAGGGAAGGGAAAACUCGAGUCGGAGGAAGAUUUGCUGGUGUUGAUCGUCGAUUUGAGAAGGGAGGGGAACAGAAGAGAAGGGCAAGGCAAAACGGCUGAGGGGGAGGACGCCGAGUUCGCAGUGGCCCUUAUAGACCGAAUCAUGCGCUCGGCGUCAGGACAAGCGGCGGGUCCUUUCCUUGUGAGUCCAUAA